AUGGUGAAGUAUGACUUAGGAGAAAAUACUUGGCUGCAAAAUCUGUACAGCCGACGGGAUAAGUGGGUACCAGCCUACUUGCGUUCGACAUUUUGUGCUGGUAUGUCAACAACUCAGAGGAGUGAGAGCAUGAACAAAUUUUUCAAAGAUUAUGUUCGUUCAAGCACUAUGGUUAGUGACUUUGUGCAUCAGUAUGAGAAAGCUAUAGAUGCACGUUACUUUAAAGAGAAAGAGAAGGAUGUGCGGACAAAAUCUACGCGGGCGAUAAUGAAGACACCUUUUAAAAUUGAAGAGGAGGCGGCGAUUGUUUAUACAAGAAAGUCUUUCACGAUCUUCCAAGAUGAGCUGUUCAAUAGUCUACGGUACCAAGCAAGAAAAUUGUAUGUGAGUGGUGAGGCCAAGACAUAUGGAGUGACAGCUCAUGGUAAAGAAACACCUAUUUAUCACGUGACUUUGGAGGGUGAUGAAGGACAUGCUACAUGUACAUGCCAUAAGUGA